AUGCCCCCCAAAAACAAAAAACGACCUGUGACCAGCCCCGCCUCACCCAAAAACAAGAAAAAAAAGAAGACUCCGCAACCGCCUCAUAGUCCACCAGCCCUGAUGCGUCGAAGUUCUAGGACCGAACCAGGUCCCUCCAACAUAUCCAACGCUUUGCAAGAGGCUGGCAAGAUACCCGAGCCACCCGCAAUUCAGGCCCCAUCUCAGUUUCGCACUUGGGAAGUUACAGAAGCGACUGCAUUGGAUGAUCUAUGUAUGAUAGUCCAAGCCUCCCUCGCUGCUACCCACGGCGACCAGGCCCGCAGCCCAUCCCCUAUGAACAUUGAAACCGAGGCGGAAGUUCUGGAGCACGUCGACAAUCCUCAUCAGGCAGACAAUGAUGCUCCCCUUUUUUUCACCGACUCUUCCUGCAGCCCUUCCCCUGUGAGCCAGAAGGACAAUGAGCCUCUCGACGAAGCCUUUCUAUACAUUGGCUUGUACAUUCGCCACAAUAAACGUAUGGUUUUGGGGGAGCUGGUGCCUACUCCCAUGUCCGUGUAUGAGGAAUGGGGUUCUACAACGCCUGCCAUUACCUAUGUCAUGUAUAUCUAUCCCGAGUUGCUCACUGUUUCCCUUCUGAAUCUCCCUCUCAGUCAAGCCGGCGUCAUCGAUUCGGUCGUCCUGGUCGCUGGUGAAUCCAGCUCGAUGACUGAACCAGAGCUGGCAGAGGAUCCUCUUGUAACUUCCACGCCACCUCCAUCUGCGCCCGCCACAAGGCUCGAGGAUUCUUGGUUGACAGGGCUGUUAGCCCAGCAGAUCGGUUCGGCAAUUGAGGAGUAUCAGAUCCGCAAGCAAAGUAAAAGAUACGGUACUGCGUACAUGGCUUUGAUGCAGGAUGCCCUGCUCACCAAAGCGGAGAAUACUAUGUUCGCCGCAGGACGUCAGGCAGAAACGUUCGACUACAAUGGUAUUCAACGUGAAGUCACUGUGAUCGAUGUGCAUGUGGCGCUCUUGGGUCCUCAGAGUACAUGGAAAAACCAUAGAAGUUUGAUUAGGAAGGCUCACAGAGCACACCAGGCACUCCAAUUGGUGCAUAGUCAUGCUCCCAACACCCUGUCAGCAGAAGAUUUGACCUGGCUGGAGGAACUCAACGCUUUCUUCGCCACCAUGCCGCUCGGCCCAGCAAUUACCUAUCCUGACAUUUCAUGCAUGGAGUAUAGGGCGGCGACACUCAACUUGGCUCGUUUGGAGAGAAAAUCGGGCGAAGUGUUGGAUAAGUACCACCAAGGCAGAGGAAACUGA